GGGAUUCCACUUUGUGACGCUGAUUGAAGUCUAUACACCAACUCACAAUUGAUACACACUACCUAUUGAUAACUACAUAGUACCAACUGAAGCAAAACAAAAAUUGAUAAUUAGCCCCCAAAACUCUCAUAAAUUCUGAAAUUAAACCAAAACAUUCCCAGAUCUGUCUCUAUUUUCCUCCAUAUUCUAUAGCUUCCUUCAAAUCUAAUCAAUGCAUGAUACAUACAUUAUACAUACAGACAUACCCUCCUUUAGCGCUAUAGUACCCAGAUUCUGGAAACCAUCUUCAAGAUCCAAGCUUUCUUCACAACCCAAUUCUUCUUCCAAGAACUUCUGGAGAGAGAGCGCAUAAACGGAAUUCUUGAGUUUAGAUUCAGUCAUUAUUCACACUCGCAACUACAAGAUCCAGUGUUUCCUUCAAAAACAAAAGAAGAUUAAAGCUAGCCCGCCAUUGAAGUUUGAGGCAUUGUCGAACUUCAAGAUCCAGUUUUUCAUUGAUUAAAGGUGUCUAUGGAGUAAACAGAUCAGAGGGAGUAGGGUUUUGUUGCAAUGAGAGAACAGAAUUCAAUAACUGAUCCAAUUGGGCAAAACAUAAUUAAGCAGAUAAGCAAUGUGUGUUUCUCAGUGUUUGUGUUCUCUGUGCUAAUCUUAACUAUGAUUGCGGUUACAUACCAACCCCCUGAUCCCUGGGAAUCUGCUAGAGCCCUAACUAGGGUUUUCACCGAGGUCGGAAAUGCCACGUUUAAGACCGACAGUUCUAUCCUGAAAACCGGUGAGGAUCUCAUUGGCAUUGCCAGUUCCCCUGCUGUGUCCCCUGCGUUUACCGUGGUCCCAAUCACAGAGGAUACGAUUGAGAAAUCCGAAGGGAAGCUCCCGAAUUCGACUUUGAAAUCGAAUUGUGCGGAUGGGGAUGCCAUCAAUUGCUCGGAUCCUAGAGUCAUGUUCACCGUCGAGAGGUUUAAUUUCAAGAGGUUUAAGUCCAUUGUGUUCUUGGAUUACCAAACUCCGGUUAAUGGAUCUCGCCCCGACGAAUGUGAUGUUGCCUGGAGGUAUAGGAACAAGCGAGAGAAGUCGUGGAGGAAGUAUAGGGAUUUCCGGAGGUUUAGGAUUGGAUAUACCGGGAAUUGUAGUUAUAAAGUGACUUAUGCCGGGAAAUGGCAUUCGGGGGCAAAUGCUCGUCCUCCGAGGGUUCAAGCUAAUAGUACCGCUAGACCUGGCCCGAAAGGGAAAAUCGCUCCGCCAGUUCGGGAUGAGGAGAUCAAUGAUACGAUCCCCGUGCUAGCAUCGGAUUUGGCUUUUAGAAAUGGGAAAUACUUGUACUAUUCUCGUGGCGGUGAUCGUUGUAAAGGAAUGAAUCAAUUUCUCUGGAGCUUUCUGUGCGCUCUGGGCGAGGCUCAGUACUUGAACCGGACAUUCGUGAUGGAUCUGAGCAUCUGUUUAGCGUCUACUUACACUCAGAGUCACAAGGACGAGGAAGGGAAAGACUUCCGGUUCUACUUCGAUUUCGAGCACUUGAAAGAAGAGGCGUCGAUUGUUGAUCAAGUAGAUUUCCUUACGGAUUGGCGGAAAUGGGACAAGACGCACAAGAAGAAAAUCCCGGUAAGAAAGGUGGCUGGCUAUAAAGUCACGCCAAUGCAGCUGAGGAAAGACAAGAGCACGAUAAUAUGGCGACAAUUCGAUGCCCCCGAGCCCGAAAACUAUUGGUAUAGAGUCUGCGAAGGUCCCUCCGCAAAGUACAUCCAUAGACCGUGGCACGCAUUGUGGAAAUCUAAACGAUUGAUGAACAUAGUUACUGCAAUUAGCGGGAGUAUGGAUUGGGACUUUGACGCUGCUCAUGUUGUCCGGGGACAGAAAGCCGAGAAUAAGGCGUUAUGGCCCCACUUGGAUGCCGAUACAUCGCCAGAUGCCCUCGUCGAAAAGAUCCAAAAAGCGGUCGUGCCUGGAAGGAAUCUGUAUAUCGCCACAAACGAACCGUUCUAUAAUUACUUCGAUAAAUUGAGACCUCACUACAAGCUUCACUUGCUAGAUGAUUACCAGUAUUUGUGGAGCAAUACGAGCGAAUGGUACAAUGAAACAACCCAGCUGAACGGUGGGCGCCCCGUCGAAUUCGAUGGGUACAUGAGGGUUGAAGUAGACACCGAGGUUCUUUACAGAGCCAAGACAAAGGUGGAGACGUUUUACAACUUGACCAAAGAUUGCAAGGAUGGGAUCAACACAUGCUAGCUAGGCAGGCUGCGUAUCAUUUGUGAGUUCAUAUAUACCAUUUCGCAUGCUUUUUGGCGUACCCAAUUUUAGAACCAAGAUGCUAAGUCAUAAAUUUAUCAGGGUUGUUAUUAGCGUGGAUUUUCCAUCGAUCAUAUUGAUUGUACCCCCCUUCUGUCAUGACAUAUUUGUACAAUAUAUUCAGUUUUCUAAUACCA